GGUGGCAAUCUGCCAUUAAAAGAAGAACGCCGCUGUCCUGUCCAGUCUGAAAGGUUGAAAGUUGUUUACCGUACUGCAGGUCUCACCUGACUAAGUUGCAGGACCAGUCAAUCCAUUAUGACAGAUAAUUGGACAAUGGCAGGGACCUGAUGUCUGAGGCUAUUUCCUUCACAACUGUGUUGCCAAACAAGAUCUCUUGAUUGUGGGCGGAGGGUGAGGAAGACUUCUUCCAACACCAGAAAAAUUACAAAGAGAGGAUCAACCAGAGAGCGCAUCAACCAGAGAUCAGUAACCAGAGAGAAACAAGAGACCAGAGAACAAAUAGAGAACUGAGUUAUGGAGACACAGCACUGUUAUACCUGGCGGAAGAGCCUUUCCUUAUCUAGAAACCUCAAGCAGGUGAUCCACACUGGAGAGAAGCCCUACAGCUGUGACGUCUGUGGUCAAACCUUUAACAUUGCUGGCAAUUUCAGAGCUCACUGCAGGGUCCACACUGGAGAGAAACCCUAUAGCUGUGACCUCUGUGGUAAAACCUUCAGCCAAGUUGAGACUUUCAGAGUUCACAGCCGGAUCCACACUGGGGAGAAGCCCUAUGGCUGUGACCUCUGUGGUCAAACCUUUAGCCAGGCUAGUCAUUUCAGAGUUCACCGCAGGACCCACACAGGAGAGAAACCCUAUAGCUGUGACCUCUGUGGUCAGACCUUCAGCCGAGUUGACACUUUCAGAGUUCACAGCAGGAUCCACACAGGAGAAAAACCCUACAGCUGUGACCUCUGUGGUCAAACCUUUAGCCGGGCUGGUACUCUCAGUCUUCACCGCAGGACCCACACUGGGGAAAAGCCCUAUUGGUGUGAAUGCUGCAAUAAAGCAUUCUCUUCCUCUACUGAAUUGACGAAGCACAGCAGGAUCCACACUGGAAAAAAGCCCUACAGCUGUGACCUCUGUGGUCAAACCUGUAGUCGGGCUAGUACUCUCAGCCUUCACCGCAAAAGGAAACACACUGGUGAGAAGCCCUACAUCUGUGAAUGCUGUGAUAAAGCCUUUUCUACCUGUAAUGAAUUGAAGAAGCACAGCAGGAUUCACACAGUAGUGACAACCUACAGCUGCCCACACUGUGACUGUGUAUGUGAAACAAAAAGCCUGUUAAAAAUUCACCUGUGUAUCCACAAUAGAGAAAGCUCAAAGCGGUGAUAUAUUGGGCAGGGGCUUGCCUGGCUCAAAAGGAGGAGGUGGUACCAUCCUGAUCAUGUGCACACAUGUGCAUGUGUUCCGUGCCUUCAACUGGCUUAAACAAGCAAUUUCACAAGCAACAUUUGUCAUUCAUUUGCACCAAAGGGACUGUAAUGUUAAAAUGACAUUCACACCUUCUAGCACACACUUCUGGAGAGGCUUCUCAACAGUUGAAGAGGAAGGUGAACCAAGGAAGAUUGACAUUUUCAUAAAAGUUGUGUUCAUGUAAAUAUAGUUCAAAACAGCUUUUAAUGUCAUGUUUGAUAGGAUUUUGUUUCCAAUUGUAUGUAUUACAUUCUAAAUACUUUAAAUAUUGUAACAUGUAUAUUUACAGAGUUUGUGAAUGCAGUAGUCCAAAAUGUGUUUACGUAUUACCUUGUCUUGCAAAGGCAUCACACUUGUUCUACUGCGGCCUUGCGUUAGACAACCUUACUUUCAUAUGGCCGGUGUCCUUAUUUUCGUAUGCAGGUUUGGGUGUAUAUAUUGCAAAGCUAUACCAAUCACUGAGUUGUUUACUAUAUGAGCUCUGGUGCGUUAGGCGCCUAGUUUUAUUGUGAUUACCUUUGUUAGCGAUUGCUCUGAAGGCAUGUUUGUAUUUGAUUGUUUCAUUAUUAUUGUAUUGAUGCCUGGAGCCAGGCCUAGGGGUGGGGCUCGAUGGCGAGCGCCUUUUCCCAUGGGGCCCAGCCGGGCUCAGUCCAAAGAAGCAACGUGGGACCCCCUUCCAGCGGGCUCACCACCUACAGGAGGGGUCAUGGGGGUCGGGUGCAGUGUGAGACGGGUGGCAGCGGCCAAAGGCGGUCCGAUCCUCGUCUGCAGAAGCUAGCUCUAGGGACGUGGAACGUCACCUCGCUGGCGGGAAACGAGCCUGAGCUGGAGCGCGACAUAGAGAGAUUCCGGCUAGAUAUAGUCGGCCUCGCCUCAACGCACAGCAUAGGCUCCUUGAGAGGGGCUGGACUCUCUUUUACUCUGGAGUUGCCCUUGGUGAGAGGCGUCGAGCUUGGGUGGGAAUACUUGUUUACCCUCGGUUCAGCGGGGGGGGGGAUUUGGUGACCUCAGGAUUGGGUCGCUGCUUUUCGCAAAGGAUGUGGUCCUGUUGGCUUCAUCGGGCCGCGACCUUCAGCUCUCACUGGAGCGGUACGCAACCGAAUGCAAAGCGGCUGUGAUACGCUGGAGGGACCAUGUAUCUCAGCUGGCCUGGGAAUGCCUCUGGGUCCCCCAGGAAGAGCUGGUGGAAGUGGCCAGGGAGAGGGAAGUCUGGGCCUCCCUGCUUAGGUUGCUGCCCCCGCGACCCACCCCCAGACAAGCGGCAGAUAACAAACUUUCGAAGUAAGUUUUAACUUAAGGCCUCUGAGUCACAGUAGGGCUUUCCAUGCUCCGAAGUAAUACCAUAGCCUCUGGGGGUCAGUUUGCAUACUGUGAUGGUGGUUAAGUCCAUAUCCAUAGUAGAGUAUUCAUACUUUAAGGUUGGUGCCCUGAUCAAUAGGGGUGUAACAAUAUAUCAUGGUACAAUACAUUGCGAUACAAAAAUGUAACAAUAUGUAUCGUGGAGUCAUGACGAUACUUUUUCAAUAUGACA